UAUUUCCUAAUAAAUUAUCAGCGAAUAUUAAUGUGAUCUCUUUUAAAUUUCGACAAGAUUUAAUUAAACUUUCAAAAUCAUUUUUAUAUUCAUCCGAAUACCAUACUUUUACCACCUCUAAAUUUGGACAAUAUCUUAUUAAUGAUUGAUAAUAUGAUUUAAUAUGUUCAGAUUUCGGUAUCAAUGUAUCUGUUUCAAUAUUUAUUUGUUUUAAUAAUAAUCCAUUAUUAAUAACUUGUUGUUGUUGUUCUCGAUGUUGCUGUUGCUCUUCUUCAUCUUCUUGUUGUUGUUGCUGAUGAUGAUGCUGCUGCUGCUGUUCAAUCUGAGCCUGUACUUGAUCCUGCUGAUCCUGUUGUUCAUUCUCACUAUCAUGUUCAUUUUCAGUUUCAUUUUCAAUAUUUUCAUUCUCAUGUUCAUUUUCAUUUUCUUCGGUUGUGAUUAUAGUAGUAGUAGUAGAAGAAGUACCUUCAAUCAAUUUAAUAACAUAUUCAAAUUCACUAUCCACAAUCCCAUCAAUAAUUAAACAUUCAAGAUCUAACCAAUUAAUAUGUUCCAAAUUACUUAAAUCUCUUGUAAGAAGAGAACUAUUAUUACGUACCCCAACCAAACCAAUCCUAUUAAAAAUAUUAUUAUUGUUAUUGUUGUUGUUGUUGUUGUUAUUGUUGAUAUUGUUGAUAUUGUUGUUAAUUUGAUUUGGAUUUG